AUGGCUUCUGUUCAGCACCGUGGCUUCAAGCAGCUCGCUUCUUGUAAUCUCACUUUGAAAACCGGACAUGACGUCAGAUCGAAACCGGUGAGAAUAGACCCACCUACUCUUUUUUUUUUUACAAAGCCGAGACGUCUAUUGGCUAAUCCAGAAGACUCGCCUCAGAACUAUGUUUUCAUUGGGUGUUCAAAAGGCGUGUUCAUCGUGCUGAGCAAGAAACGCGUCUCUAAUUGGUCAAACCAACUGUCGGUCGUUUCCAUCAAUGGUCGGAGGAAUAUGGCUGCCACCAUAACCUCUGAAGCAGAUGGAAAUCUCAAAGAAAACAGCAUGUUUUUAAAGAAAACUUUAGCCGCCGUUCCGCCUCUUACUCUGAGGAUUGUUGCAGAAUGUCCUGUGACGAAAGCAAGAGCUUGUGAUCUGACUCUGCCCCACUCCAGCGUCAGCACGCCGGUUUUUAUGCCUGUUGGGACACAGGGAACCCUGAAGGGGAUCACCGCGGAUCAGCUGGAAGGUCUCGGUUGUCAGAUUUGCUUGGGAAACACGUACCACCUGGGCAUGAGGCCGGGACCUGAGUUGAUAGAGAAAGUCAACGGUUUACAUGGAUUCAUGAACUGGAGGAGAAAUCUUCUAACUGACAGUGGAGGAUUUCAGAUGGUGUCUCUUGUUGAACUCUCAGAGGUCACAGAGGAAGGGGUCAAAUUCAAGUCCCCAUAUGAUGGCAAAGAGAUCUUGUUGAGUCCUGAGAAGUCCAUUAGCAUACAGAAUAGUCUGGGGUCAGACAUAAUGAUGCAGCUGGAUGAUGUAGUCAGCAGCACUGUGAAGGGACCGCGUGUGGAGGAAGCCAUGCAUAGAUCCAUUCGUUGGCUGGAUCGUUGUAUAGCAGCAAAUAAGCAUCCAGAUAAACAGAACCUUUUUGCCAUCAUCCAGGGAGGACUAGAUGCAGAGCUGCGCAAGGCCUGUCUGGAUGAAAUGACUAAACGUGAUGUUCCUGGUUUUGCCAUUGGCGGCCUGAGUGGAGGAGAGGAGAAGGACGAUUUCUGGCGGAUGGUCACACUGAGCACUGACCAUCUGCCACGAGAAAAGCCUCGCUACCUGAUGGGUGUCGGAUAUGCUGUGGACUUGGUGGUGUGUGUCGCUUUGGGAUGUGAUAUGUUUGACUGUGUCUUUCCAACCCGCACUGCCAGGUUUGGUUCUGCCUUGGUACCUUGGGGUUCUCUUCAGGUGAAGCAGAAGCAGUACGCCAAAGACUUUCAGUCUAUAGACCCCGACUGCCAGUGUCCCACCUGCAAAAGACAUAGUCGGGCCUACCUGCAUGCUUUGUUUAAGAGUGACACUGCUGCCAUGCAUCACAUCACCAUUCACAACAUUGCCUACCAGCUCAACCUGAUGCGUUCUAUGAGGCAGAGCAUCGUGGAAGGCCGCUUCCCUGAAUUCAUACAGACGUUCAUGAAGCGAAUGUUUCCAUCGCCGGAUCAGUACCCCAACUGGGCGGUGGAGGCUUUGGCUUCUGUCAAUGUGACUUUGGAGUAGAAGUUUGAAGCUGGACUCCGAAUGGAGGAAACCAUCAAACAGACUGAUUUAAAAACAAAAAAAUCUUAAAUAACUUUUUUACAUAAGAUUGUUUUCUACUCUUUGCAUUUUUAAGGUGUUUAAAAAUACCUCAUUUCACAAUCAGCCACUGAAGGAGGAAAUUGGCUUUAUAUUAGGUUUGAAACACACGACUGUUUCCUCUGAAAUACGCUUUUUUGGUUUCCAUGGUUACAGAAGAAAUCCUUUUUGAUUUCUUUUUUACUUUUCUGUCAGUCCUUUUAUAAACUUAAUAUAGUUCAAGAGUAUUUUAUAUUCACCACUGUACAGUGCUAUUCUGAGCUUAUCUCAAAAACUUGAGAUGCAAGUUUUUCUUAAAACUUGCAUCUCAACACAUCCUGCAAGAGCUGAUUCAAUGUGACUGCCUGCAGAUUGCAUGUUUGCUCCUCGAUGACCACUAGAGGGCGAAAUAGAUGCAUCUUCCUGAACUUCUGCUUCCAAAAUGAGUAUAAAGCAAAAGUUAAUAAAUCAAAUGAAGGUAGAUUAAA